CACUCCCACACAGUCCACCUCAAACAACACUUUCACACCACAAUCCCGGCAAGAUGAGUGCAAUCGUUGAAGAACCUGAGAGCUUCGAGCCUCUCAAGGUUCUUAUUACGCUUCACGAGGGCAUGGACUCUCUGGACGCUAUCGGACCGCUCGAAGUCUUCGCCUCAGCCCUGCACGACCCGAAGAAGCCAGAGUCGAAGGCCUUCAGGGUCAUCUUCGCGGGCCCCACCGAGCACGUGGUCACCGCUCAAGGUGCCUCUUUCCGCGCACACGUCGACUACAGCGAGGCUAUGAAGCGUCUCCCUGAGAUCGAUGUUCUCGUCAUCCCAGGUGGCAACCAUGAAGGUCCAAUCAAGGCCAAGAGCCAGCCAUUGGGCAUCAUUAAGGCCUUCGCUGAGCUCCAGAAGAAGAAUCCAAGCCGCGAGCGUUCCCUCAUGUCCGUCUGCACUGGAUCUCUCUUCUUGGGAGAGACCGGUAUCCUUGCAGGCUUGACUGCCACUACCCAUCCAGACUACAUCACCAAGUUCGAGAUCAUCUGCUCCAACGCUGCCCAGCGUGACAUGACCGAUCGCUGUGACGUUGUCGAGGAACGCUACGUCGUCAACAACCUUCGCUUCGACUUGGGCGAGAACGAAGAUGAGAACCCAUACAUCAUGAAUAGAAAGGAGGUCAAGGAGUACAAGCGCCGCAAGAGCUCUGCGGGCGGUAUCAGCCCGAUCGAGGAACGCUCCAAUGGCUUCCAGAACGGCCGUCGCCCAUCCUCAGCCCGUAAGGGAAGCAUGAGCUUGAAGAUGAGCAACUCUCGCCGCGAGUCUGUCCUUAAGCGUGCCAACUUGCGCUUGGGUGGUCUUCGCGUGCUCACCACCUCUGGUGUCGCCUCUGGCAUGGACGGUGCUCUCUACAUGGUCGGAGCUUUGGUCUCUGACGAAGCGGCUGAUGAGGUCGCUCGCAAGAUGUGUUACAACUGGAAGAAGGGUAUCGUUGUCGACGGCGUUGAUGUUUGAAUGGCCAUAGCGAGAGGCGCUUGAGGCGUCCACUACUGAUUGAUGAGAUGGAAGAAACAAUGUAAGCAUAGUAACGAAGAUCACAAGCGAACCGAGAUGCUACCUCGGAAUCAAAGCGAGAUGAGAGCCAGAGAUAAGCUCGAUGAAUUGAACUAGCGACGAAAUGAACGUAACUCCACCCUCACCGUCUCCUGCCG